AUGCUGACCGGUCGCAUGCAGGAGAGGCUCCAGAGAAAUCUGGCCUCUUUGGCUACAAUUUGCAGCCCUGGUACUUGUAACAAGCCCAUGAGACAUCCACACGGGGGUGGAAGAAGUGGCAGACCCCGAGAUCGUGACUUUUGGGUCCCAGGAGGGAAGCACAAAGCUUUGGGGGCUGUGGCCUAUUCGGGGGGGGAGCGGGGUGGACGGCCCUCCCCGGCUGCCACACACUGGCAUCCUGAGAUGCCUGCCGGUCCUGUUUCACCCCCCCAUGGACCAGGGGGGUUAUCCCAGUCCCAACUGCGGAGAGCUCGAGAUGUGUGGAGACCAGGUGGCGUGGAACUCCCAAGGCCUUCCUUACAAGAUGGCAGCAGCUCCGUGCUCGGUACCAAUGGCACAUGCCUUGUGAAGCUCCAGAGGAGGGAAGUCACACCACCCACCAUAACGAACGACCACAAAAGAAAAACCAGCGAGACACGCCGGACACAGCAUAAAAACAGCGGUGUGCAGUUCCCCUGA